AUGACCCGUCCCGGCAUCGCGCAGAAGCGUCUGACGUCGCAUCGCUUCCAUCAGAUCCCAGAAACGCCAGCAGAGAAUGAAUCGAUGAUCGUGAACGACGUUACUAUUGAUAUCCCGUUGAACGAGGAGGAUGGACAUGAAUAUGAUCACAGUCAAUAUGGACAUGGACAGGAACACCAACAACAAACCCAGAACAGGGAACACCGGAACCAGCAACACGACCAAGACCGGACAGACGCACACAGCAAAAGCGACUCCCUCUCCUUCUUCAGACAUCACGGCUCAGUAAGCAACGACGAAGAAGGCAGUGAGAAAACACACCUCGUUCCCGACUGCGAUGCAUCUUCAACAGGCCGACGCCGGAAAUCAAAGAACCGCAGAGCAAACAACCCCCACACCAACCACAUGUUCAAUUUCAACUCCAGCGAAGACCACACAGAGCCGCCCUCAAGCGCAAACCUAACUCGCCUCCACUGCCUCUACAAAUCCCUCAUCAACUCCUCCAUCAUCAUCCGGUACCUAGUCUACAUAAUGCCCUUCGCGAUCCUAAUCGCAAUACCCAUUAUCGUGGGUGCAACGGCAACUCCGUAUGCAACAGUCGGGGGCGUCAAAUUAUACUGGUUCUUUGCGUGGAUUGAGGUUGUUUGGCUCAGUUUGUGGGUGUGUAAGAUUCUGGCGAGGGGGCUGCCAUAUGUUUUCCAGAGUUUGUGGGGGGUUCUCAGUCCCGGGAAUAGGAGGUAUGCGCUUGUGCUGAGGACGUUGGAAAUUCCGAUUUCGUUGGUGGGUUGGACGGGCGUCUCACUUAUCACUUUCUUUCCGAUAAUGACCUACAACCCCGUUCAAAAAGCGCACGGCGACACGAACCCCAAGUCCUGGGAGAAAUCAGUCAAGGACAUCCUCUUCGCGCUGUUCGUGUGCAGUCUCAUCUUCCUCACCGAGAAAACGAUGAUCCUGCUGAUUUCGAUAAACUACCACCGGAACCAAUUCGAUGCCAGGAUAAAAAAGUCCAAACGACAUGUCCAGCUACUUAGUACACUUUAUGAAGCCUCGCGGACAAUGUUUCCGAUGUACUGCAAGGAGUUCUACGAUGAGGAUGCGUUUAUUUGUGACUCGAUGCUUGCGGCUGCUGGGGGGACUGCGUCGUCGAAUAGUUCCUUCUUGAGAGGGAGGGCGGGUAUUAUCCAGAACGUGGGACAGAAUGUUAAUCGGUUUGCGGAUCAGAUUACAGAGGCGUUUGGAAAUGUCGCGCAGGAGAUCACAGGGAAGCAUGUCUUUAAUCCUACUGCGCCGCAUUCGAUCGUCACGCAGGCGUUGGAGCGGAGGAAGUCUUCUGAAGCUCUGGCGAGGCGGCUUUGGAUGUCGUUUGUGAUUGAAGGGCGCGAGGCGCUGUUUCUGGAGGACAUUGCUGAGGUCCUCGGGGCUGGACGAGAGGGCGAAGCCGAGGAGGCGUUUCAGUUACUUGAUCGUGACGGUAAUGGGGAUAUCAGCCUUGAUGAAAUUAUUUUGGGUGUUAAGGAGAUAGGACGCAUGCGCAGAGCGCUGCAUCAUAGUCUGCAUGAUGUGGACCAGGCGAUCCAGGUUCUCGAUAACCUACUGCUCACUGUCGCUGGAAUCGUCGGCGUUCUCGUUUUCGUGUCCUUCGUGACAACAGGCUUCGGAACGGUCAUUGCAGCAGGCGCUACCUCGCUGCUAUCACUCAGUUUCAUCUUCUCAACGACCGCCCAGGAAGUCCUCGGAUCAUGUAUCUUCCUCUUCGUCAAGCACCCCUUCGACGUGGGUGACCGCGUCGACAUCAACGGCCGCUCAUACAUGGUUGAGCGCAUUUCCCUGUUGUUUACCGUCUUCCAUUGCAUCUCCGACCACCGCAUAACGCAAACCUCUAAUGCAACUCUAAACACCCUCUGGAUCGACAACAUCACCCGCGCGGACGCCAUGCACGAGAACCUCACCAUCAGCGUGAACUUCAACACCACUUUCGCUGAUAUCCAGUCCUUGCGAGGUGAAAUGGAGGCGUUUGUCAGAAAUAAGGAGAAUUGCCGAGACUUCCAGCCCCAUGUUGAUCUUGACGUGCUGGGUGUUGGUGAUGACACGGAUAGACUGCAGUUGUGUGUUGAUAUCCGGCAUAAAUCGAACUGGGCUAAUGAGAGUGUGAGAGCUUCCCGCCGGUCGAAGUUCAUGUGUGCUUUGGUUUUGGCUAUGAAAAAGCUCCGUAUUCGUGGGCCGGGGGAUGAUUCCAUACCCAGUCCGGAGGACGAGCAACCACCAGCACCAUCUAUCAACACUGAAAACAGCACCGACAAGCGCGGCUCAGAUACAAGUGGCCAGAUUCGCGCAGCGCAAGAACAAGGCCAGUCCACAGCACAUCUCAUGGUCCCCCACAAAGUCAGCCCCGCACCAACAGAAGCCAGGACAACUGGAUAUGAUAAGUCACCCGCAUCCACGAAUUCAUCAGCAUCCUCGUUCCUCUUCCACCGCCGCAGCAUACCUUCCCGCCAGAACACCGACACAGGCCGUCGACCAGUGACAACGACUGCAGCGAGUGUUUCUGAGUUCCCGGAUGAUACGUAUCAAACACCUGCUACAUCGCCGGAGCGUAUGCGCCAUGCGAACACGGACGUGAGUAUGCGGUAUAACACCAGUACGUCCGCGCAGCAGAUUAUCUCACGUGGAUCGUCGACGGGGCACCGGAGUAGGAGCACCAAUCCCAGUGAAGUCAAUGAUAACGACCAUGAAUCGAAUUCGCCGUAUCAAGCCAGGUAUCGCCCGUUUAGCUACCAGGCGUAUCCCGGUGGAGCGAGUGUUGGUGUUGAGGCCAACGGGGAACCGAUGCCGCCGGAGCAUUCGGAGCCGGUGAUGCAGGGAUCUAGUUAUUACUAUCCCUACUCGCAUACGGAGACGCGGUACCAGCCGUAUCGGGAGAAUGGUCAAGGUGACAGUGGUGCGCCAGUGUAUGACGAAGUUUUCGGGCCAGCACAGGGAGAACGAGAGGGGCAAGAAGAGCAGCUGCAGGAACUGCUCAAGUUACCCUCUGGACUAGAGUAUUCGGAUAAUGAGUCUGGUCAUGGGCGUGAUCCGGUUUCACCGUUGCCUCCUUCGCCGGCUGGGCAUUCGAAUGGGUCGCGGGCUGGGUCUGAGGAGCAGGGGAUUGGGAAGCCUCGGGGGCCGCGGUGA